AUGAAAGAGGAAGAGGGGGAACCACAGCCCCGCCACAUGAAAGAGGAAGAGGAUGAUACACAGCCCCCUCACCAGAAAGAGGAAGAGGGGGAUCCAGAACCCACCCACACGAAAGAGGAAGAGGAUGAUCCACACAUGAAAGAGGAAGAGGAUGAUCCGCAGUCCACCCACAUUAAAGAGGAAGAGGAUGAUCCACAGCCCCGCCACAUGAAAGAGGAAGAGGAGGAUCCACACAUGAAAGAGGAAGAGGAUGAUCCACAGCCCCUUCACAUGAAAGAGGAAGAGGAGGAUCCACACAUGAAAGAGGAAGAGGAGGGAGAGUGUGUUGUAGGGCAGGAGGAGGAUGAUGUCAGCAAGUUUCCACUGACUGUUGUCUCUGUGAAGACUGAAGAGCAUGAAGACAAAGCACCUGAGUCCUCACAGCUUCAUCACAGUCCAAACGUCCAGCGGGUGUCAGCGGGGAGUCAUGAAGAGGAGUGGCACACCAGUGUGGGACAGAAGGAGCUACAAGCCCCCUCCCACAUUAAAGAGGAGCAGCUUCAUGAUGAAGAUGAAGCUCAGUCCUUACAGCUUCAUCACAGUCAAAGUGAGGAGAACAGAGGGGCGGAGCUUGUAAGUCAACACAUCACAGAAGCUGAUGGAGAGCAUUGUGAAGAUAUCAAGUCAGAACCAGACAGCAUCUUUGCUCCACUGUCAGACAUGGACCACAUGAUGUCACACUCUUCUGAUCACAGUGACCACAUCCAAAAACCUUUGGAGAGUAAAAAUGACUCUAAAGGUGAUACGAGACAUCACACUAACAACAAACACUUUGCCUGCUCUGAAUGUGGGAAAUUAUUUAGACAAAAGAGUAAAUUUACAAGACACAUGAGAACACAUACUGGAGAGAAACCUUUUACUUGCUCUGUUUGUAAGAAGAGUUUCUCCAGAAAGGUUGACAUGACCACACACAUGAGAACACACACUGGAGAGAAACCUUUUACUUGCUCUGUUUGUAAGAAGAGUUUCUCCACAAAGCCAUACUUGACCACACACAUGAGAACACACACUGGAGAGAAACCUUUUACUUGCUCUGUUUGUAAGAAAAGUUUCUCCACUAAGCAAAGCAUGACCACACACAUGAGAACACACACUGGAGAGAAACCUUUUACUUGCUCUGUUUGUAAGAAGAGUUUCUCCACAAAGCCACACUUGACCACACACAUGAGAACACACACUGGAGAGAAACCUUUUACUUGCUCUGUUUGGAAGAAGAGUUUCUCCACAAAGCCAUACUUGACCAGACACAUGAGAACACACACUGGAGAGAAACCUUUUACUUGCUCUGUUUGUAAGAAGAGUUUCUCCACAAAGCCACACAUGACCACACACAUGAGAACACACACUGGAGAGAAACCUUUUACUUGCUCUGUUUGUAAGAAGAGUUUCGCCACAAAACAAUGCAUGACCAGACACAUAAGAACACACUCUGGAGAGAAACCUUUUGCUUGCUCAGUUUGUGAUAAAAGAUUCUACUCUAAGAAUGACGUGAUAUUACACGAGAACACAUACGGGAGAGAAACCUUUUACUUGCUCUGUUUGUAAGAAGAGUUUCUCCAUAAAGCGUAACAUGACCACACACAUGAGAACACACACUGGAGAGAAACCCUUUACUUGCUCUGUUUGUAAGAAGAGUUUCUCCAAUAAAAGUAACAUGAUCAGACACAAGAGGACACACACUGGAGAGAAACCUUUUGCUUGCUCAGCUUGUGCUAAAAGAUUCUACUCUAAGAAUGACAUGAUAUUACACAUGAGAACACAUACUGGAGAGAAACCUUUUACUUGCUCUGUUUGUAAGAAGAGUUUCUCCAGCAGGCAUCACAUGACCACACACAUGAGAACACACACUGGAGAGAAACCGUUUAGUUGCUCUGCGUGUGUUAAAAGGUUCAGGUAUAAGUAUCAGGUCAGUAAACACAAGUGUGUAACAGUCGUGGAAGCUGCAGGGAUGUAAAAACACUUAAACAGUGAUUGUGCUAAAUGUAGUUUAAAAACACAGCAUGUUUAAUAAGAAUGUAUAUUUGAUGUUGUAUGUAGUGCUUCUCAUCUUCUAGUCUUAUAUGUUGUCCUGUACUUACUUUUUAAGUUGUGUGCAUGUAUUGUGUAUUAUAUAUGUAGCUACUGUUAAGUUCCACUCUUCUACUCCAAAAAGGACCCAAGGAUAACAAACGAUUUCCAACUGAUCAACUUUUUAUUUUCCAACUUGAAGCAUUGUUGGUUUAAUUUCAGUUGAUCUUCAAAAUCAUCAGUAGGUUGUAAACCUUUAAACCACAAAAACAGAGAUGCUAACAAUGUGAUUACACAGCUAUUUUCAAACAAUGUUUUACAAAUGCUUUUAAACCGCUGAAUAAUGUUUUAAACUUUAAACAUUAAACCAUAAGCUUUGACUUUAAACCUUUUAACUUUAACCAUUUGCUAUUUUAACUUAAGCUUGAAACCUUUUAACAUUUUAACUUCAGCUUUAAACUUUUACAUGAGCUUUAAAGUGGUCAAACACAGUAUGCAAUCAAUGCUCAAAUGUAAUGCAGUCAUUUAACUUGAAGGCAAACAAAGUAGGAUAGUUCAGUAAGCAAUUUAACAAGCUUGCAGGUUCAAGUUAAGCAUAUCACACAAACAUUUCCAUGGUCAUCAAAUGAAGCAUAUUCACCGACCAUUGGUGUGUUUGGAGAAACUCGUUGAGUGGAUCUUGCGGUUGUGGCUGCUAGCUGUUCUUCCUUCCAUGUAGUUUGUUUGGUGAAUGAGUCUGACUGACCUCCUUCCUUUUCACCUGCCUUCAAUUUGGCGGCCAUUUUACCUCGGCAUUCUGGGAAUUGUAGUUUUCACAGAUUUUGACCACGUAGGGCAUGGAUUACUGCCACUUCUGAGUUUUUGACUCCACAGCUACUAUUUUAUUGUAUUUUGUCAUUGUUAAAGAGAGGACAUCUUAUUAUUUU